AUGCUGUGGGACCUCAAGGAGGGCAAGCGCCUCUACUCCCUCGACGCCGGGGACAUCAUCCACUCCCUCGUGUUCUCGCCCAACCGCUACUGGCUGUGCGCGGCCACCACCGCGGGCAUCAAGAUCUGGGACCUGGAGUCGAAGGUUGUGGUGGACGAGCUCCGACCGGAGUUCCCCGAGGUGUCGGUGAAGGCCAUCGUGCCGUACUGCACCUGCCUCUGCUGGUCCAACAACGGAAGCAUCCUCUACUCCGGGUAA